AUGUCGUGUACGUGGUCCUCCUCGGGAAUUGAGAAGUCCGAGAAAUGGACAGGGUUUGGAAGUGGUGACCCUUGCAUUCUCGGAAUUGACGAGGCAGGUCGAGGGCCCGUCCUCGGACCAAUGGUGUAUGGUUGUGCCAUUUCUCCAGUCACUAAAGAAGCUGAACUGAGAGAGUUAGGAGUCGCUGACUCUAAAGCCCUCACUGAGGCAAAACGAGAAGAGAUCUUCGAUACAAUUAAUAAUGAUGAAGCUGCCAAACAGGUUGUGGCAUAUGCAGUGUCGACUUUAUCUGCCCAAUACAUAAGCACUUCGAUGUUGAAGCGGUGUAAGAGUUCUCUUAACGAGAUAUCUCACGAGGCAGCCAUCAGUUUGAUUCAGGAUGCGUUGCACUCAAAAGUCAAUGUUGUGGAGAUCAAGGUUGAUACAGUUGGGCCGAAAUCAUCCUAUCAAGCAAAGCUCGAGAAGCUGUUUCCAGGUAUCUCCAUUACGGUAACUGAAAAGGCCGAUGCUAUAUUCCCCAUAGUCAGCGCAGCCUCCAUUGCCGCAAAAGUAACACGUGAUCGCCACUUGAAAUCGUGGUGUUUCUCAGAAGCGUGCGUUAGAAUUCCAUCGGAUGGUUAUGGAAGUGGAUAUCCUGGAGAUCCAAACACUAAGAAGUUCCUGGUUGAAAGCGUUGAUUCUGUAUUCGGCUAUUCCUCCUUGGUGAGAUUCUCUUGGAAAACUGCGGAAGUACUAGUUGAUAAGCAUUGCAUUAAAGCAGAAUGGGAUGACCAACAUGUUACCGAACCGUCAGUGAAGGGAUGGCUCACCACAAAGAUUGAUUUGCCUAAAAGGCAUUCUUACUUCGCUGACAGAACAAUACAAAGCGUAGCAGUUCUUUAA